UAUCACAUUAAAAAAAAGAAGAAGUUAAACACACACACACACAUCACAAACCAAAAUAUGGCAUUGCCUAAUGGAAUAAACUCAACUCAAGAGCUAUUGGAUGCUCAAGCCCAAAUUUGGAGUCACACUCUAUGCUUCGUUAAUUUCAUGUCCUUACAAUCCUCGGUCGAACUCGGCAUUUUCGAUGCCAUCUAUUCGCACGGAAGGCCAAUCACGCUUUCCGAACUAACCGAUGCCCUUGUCAUCAACAAAUUGAAAUCUUCCUUCUUUGAGCGCCUUGUGCGCGUGCUGGUCAACUCCAAGCUGUUGACCAAAGUCAAAAUAACUGAUAAGUCAAACGACUCGGAUGGAUACUGGCUUACCCCGGCUUCCCGUCUUCUAUUGAGAGACGAGCCCCUGACCAUGAUCCCAUGUGUUCGUUAUCCGCUCAACCGUGCCUUGACAAAACCGUGGCAUUAUUUGAGUCGUUGGUUCACUAGUGAUGAACCCUCGCCAUUCACGAUGGCCCACGGGGCCACGUUUUGGGAGCUCGCUGCACGGGACCCGGAGCUAAACCGACUUUUUAACGAGGGUAUGGCGAGCGACGCCAGGCUGGCGGCCAGCGUGAUCGUUAGGGAUUGCGGGCACGUUUUUCGAGGGAUGAGGUCGAUGGUUGAUGUGGCGGGUGGCACCGGGACUAUGGCCAAGGCUUUUGCCGAUGCUUUUCCCGAGUUGGAGUGUAGCGUGCUCGACCUCCCGCACGUGGUCGAAGGGUUGGAAGGGAGUUGGAAUUUGAGAUUUGUCGGGGGAGAUAUGUUCGAAUCUAUUCCGCGUGCCGAUGCAGUUUUCAUGAAGUGGAUACUGCACGAUUGGUCGGAUGAAGAUUGUGUGAAAAUAAUGAAGAGAUGCAAGGAAGCUAUCCCGAGUAGAGACGAUGGAGGAAAAGUUAUUAUAAUCGACAUAGUUGUGGACGACGAGCUAGAGAACGAGAAAAAGAAUAAGGCAAUGGCAAUGGAGAAUCAACUCUUUUGGGACAUCGAGAUGAUGGUUAUGACCGGGGGAAAAGAGAGAACCGAGAAAGAAUGGGCGAAGCUUUUUUGUGAGGCCGGCUUCACGAGCUACGAGAUUGCGCGUGUGCUAGGAUUGAGGUCUGUUAUCCAAGUCUAUCCAUAAACUAUCUGUAAAAUGUUUGCUACUUUGAAAUAAAAGGCUCCAUGAGUAAGUGAUGCUACUUUAAAAUAAAAGGGCUACAUGAGUAAGUGAUAUAGAAUAGUCAUGAUUGUUAGAUUGUGUGCUUAAGCCUCUUUGGGUUGGUUUGUUUUGUUUUGGUUUGUAAUUGUGCUAUAGAUAACGUUUAUUUGGUCCGAC